CAGUUUUACCGACAACCGUCUCUCUCUCUCUCGAGCCCGUGUCACCUGCCGUCUCGUAGUCGCUGGCGUUUGGAGCCGAGCAGCGGGUGCGAUAAGUCGGCGCAAACUCGCCCCGGUGUCGGAGAACCGCGACGGCACGAUGCCGCGGCGUCGCGUUCGCCUUUGACUUUACCCGGCUUUUGUGUUUGCACGGAACCCCCCAGACGCGGCCGCGGCCGCGGCGGCGAUGUGCGAAAGUCAGCCCGAGUGACGUGAACCCGGGGAGGGGGGGCGGCAGACGAGACGCCGCGGUUUGGCGUCGACGAGUGAGUCCGACUUGUUGACCUGGAAAAGCCGAAAGCGAACUAUCUGGCCUUUGCUGUCCUUGGCAGACACCAUGGCAGGAGAUGACCGCUAUCUGAACAAUCACCACAACCAGCUAUUUGAUAAUUUAGCGCUCGAUCCAGUAUGGCAGUUUCAAAGUUUCCCAAUGUCCCAGACCACUCCCCUGCGCACAGCUGAUGGACCAUACCUCCAGAUCAUUGAGCAGCCUAAACAGCGAGGAUUCCGCUUCCGGUAUGGCUGUGAAGGCCCAUCUCACGGUGGCCUGCCCGGCGCCUCCAGUGAGAAGAACAGGAAGAGCUACCCCACUGUCAAGAUUUGUAAUUACCAGGGCCCGGCGCGGGUGGUGGUGCAGCUGGUGACCGCUAACAAGACCCCGGCCUACCUCCACGCCCACAGCCUGGUGGGGAAACAGUGCGACAAGGGCAUCUGUGUGGCCGACCUGCAGCCUAAAGACUCCGCUAUCAGCUUUCCUAACCUGGGCAUCCUGCAUGUGACCAAGAAGAAUGUGAGUAAGACGCUGGAGGAGCGUAUGACGGAGGCCUAUAGGAUGGGAUAUAACUGCGGCAUCUCCAUCCACCCCGAGAUGGACGCCUUGCAGGGAGAGGUCCGAGUCCCCAGGGAGCUCACCGACCACCAAAGGAGUCUGAUCAGCAGCUCUGCAGCCCACCAGUCUAAGGACAUGGACCUGAGUGUGGUGCGUCUCAUGUUCACUGCCUUCCUGCCAGACAGUGAUGGAGGUUUCUCCAGGAGACUGGAGCCGGUGGUGUCAAAGUCCAUUUAUGACAGCAAGGCUCCCAAUGCCUCCAACCUGAAGAUAGUGAGGAUGGAUCGGACAGCCGGCUGUGUGACCGGAGGAGAGGAGGUCUACCUGCUCUGUGACAAAGUCCAGAAAGAUGACAUCCAGGUGCGGUUCUAUGAAGAGGAUGAUACUGGACUGACGUGGGAGGCAUUGGGUGACUUCUCCCCUACAGAUGUCCACAGACAGUUUGCUAUAGUGUUCAAGACUCCAAAGUACAAAAACCUGAACCUCCAGCAGCCCACGUCUGUGUUCGUCCAACUGAAAAGGAAGUCCGACAAUGAGACCAGUGAACCUAAGCCCUUCACCUACCAUCCUCAGAUCAUAGAUAAAGAAGAGGUGCAGCGGAAGAGGCAGAAGACGUUGCCAAAUUUCCAGGACUUCAGUGGUCAGGGUGGAGGUGGGGGAGCAGGUCUGUACCGGGGAGGAGGAGGAACAGGAGGAGGCCCCACCACUGGAGGAGGUGGAGGAGGUUACUUCCAGGGUUUCUCCACCUACACCUACGGAGGAAGUUACGGCAACACAGGAUACUCUGCUGCUCUGGGGCCACCUGGCAUCAAACAUGACUCUCAAAACAGAGCGGCCCAGGAGUCGGACGACAGUGAUCCAGAUGACGACCCGGCCUCGGGGGCCGUGCUCCGAGCUCCAGCCCAGCCGGGAGGGCUGGAGGGCAGGGAGGAGAGUGAGGAGGGUGAGGCCACUGUGGAGCUCGUAGCAGAAGAUAGAACAUCCGAACCAGACAGAGCAAUGUGUGUCCUAGAGGAGAGCUUGAUGGCUGUAGCAGGAAGACAUGUGGAGUCUCUCUUCCAGUACACUCUUACGGGAGACCCAGCGUACCUUCUGGCUCCACAGCGCCCCCUAAUGACCACUCAAGAUGAGGACGGAGACACUGGUCUUCAUCUGGGAGUGAUCCACAGCCAGGGGGAGGUGGUUCGGAGUCUGGCCCAGGUUCUGUCUGCUCUGCCUGGGGAGGACGUGGUCAACAUGAGGAACCAUCUUUACCAGACUCCUUUGCACCUGGCGGUCAUCACUCAACAGAAGGAGGCAGUCGAGGCUCUGCUAUUGGCCGGGGCAGAUGCUACUCUGACCGAUCGCCACGGCAACACAGUGCUCCACCUUGCAGCCCAGCAAGAAGAGGGUGGGAUGACAGGUUUCUUGUUAGAACAUAAACAGGUGGCGGAGCUACUGGAGCAGCCUAACAGAGCAGGCCUGUGUGCGGUCCACCUAGCGGUGCUGGCCAAUAGUCUCCAUUCUCUCAGGGCGCUGCUGGAGGGUGGGGCCAAUGUCGAGGCUCAGGAGAGGAGCAGCGGGCGGACAGCACUCCACUUGGCCACAGAGGCUGACAAUGUGUCGUUGGCCGGCUGUCUGCUCCUGGAGGGCAAUGCCGACGUUGACUGCUGCACCUACAACGGCUCGACCCCUCUCCACAUCGCCGUAGGGCGGGGCUCUAUCAAACUUACGGCGCUCCUUGUAGCUGCAGGUGCAGACCCCCAUAAGGAGAACUUUGAGCCACUUUUCUUCAGGGAGCAGGAUGCCUGUGAGAGGGGGAUGGAGGAAGAAGAAGAUGAUGAUGAAGGCUACAUCCCAGGAACCUCUCCUUUCAAUAUGGCUGCCACUCCCCAGGUGUUGGAGCUUCUGAAUGGUAAAGAAUACAAGCCUGAAUCGUCCAGGAGAGUCUACAGCCCCCCUCAAGGGGACUUAGCCAGCCUGAGUCCAGACACGAGGCGGGCGCUGUGCAAGGCGUUGGAAGGGGGUUGGGAUAGCCUGGCACACACACUGGGUCUGGGCAUCCUCAUCAAUGCCUUCCAACACAGCCCCUCUCCUGUUACUACACUGCUGGACAGCUAUGAGGUACACACAGACACACAGAAAAGGCCUGUUCGCAUGGACUUUCCCGGUCUCAGGUGGCACCAUCAGGGAGUUGGUGUCAGGCCUGAAGUCAUUAGGUCACCGUGCUGCGCUGAGCAUCCUGGAGGGGCCACUAAGUCAGAUGGAAGAGGAGGAAUUAUCAUUUCAGCCAGACUCCACAGAUCUACUGGGUGGGUGAGAGUCUGUCGGCCGGAAUGAAGCUGGAUUCUCAGAACGACAGCAACGUUUGUGACAGCGGGGUGGAGCUCUCCACCGCGUGACGAUUUUUUUCCACUUCUGUCCAGGCCUCACCCCUCACCGUCGCGUUUUCAGAGCUGGCCCUUCCAGACUGAGGUUCAGGGCCUUCUCUUAAAAAUGAUACCAAGCACUCCACUCCCAAAUUCCCCAGACAGCCUCCAUUCUUACAACCGCUCUCUUCAGGACUGAAUGUUUUUAAAAUACACCACAAACCAUUUUAUACAAUUGCAAUGAUAUGUGUGCGUGUGUGUGUGUGCGUGCACGCGCAUGUGUGUGUGCACGUGCAAUUGAGACCUAUAACUAACGUGAAUGUAUAAGGAAAACCCGUCAACAUGUGCAUGAAGCACAUGUGCAUGAAUUACAAAAAAAUUACCGUAAUUCAUUUCAAUCAUUUUCUAAAAAUGAAAAGGAGAAAAAAAAAUCUUAACGCAAAAUGCUUGUAUUGUGGCAGCACUUAACUCGUCAUCCUUCAUAGGAAACCCCUGAACAGCACACACAACCAAUACGCUACCAGUUACCGCCUGGAUGGCCUCCUCUAUUCAUACAGUUCUUCUCAGCUAUGAUUAGAACUUACUUUUCACUGUGGGUAAAAAAAAAAAAAAAGGUUUCUAAACGACAAACAAUCCACAAAACUCCAUGAAUUCCUCCCAGCAAGAAACAUGCGUGUGCGGAGGAUAUUCCUGGUUACUCGCCAGGGGAAAUGGAGCAACCAGUUGUGGGUUGUGAGUAUAUCUGUGAGACUUAAAGGCAGAACGAGUAGGAUUUUUCUAAAAAUCAAUGUGUAGACUCCAUCCAUCUGUCCAUCCAUCCAUCAUCCAAGCCACUUAUCCGAAUUCGGGUCGUGGGAUGCUGGAGCCUAUCCCAGCAGUCAUUGGGCGGCAGGCGGGAAGACACCCUGGACAGGCCAUCACAGGGCCCACACACACACACACACACACAUUCAUACCUAGAGACAAUUUAGUACGUCCGAUUCACCGGACCUACAUGUCUUCAGACUGUGGGAGGAAACCGGAGCAUCCGGAGGAAACCCACACAGACACGGGGAGAGCAUGCAAACGCCACACAGAGGACGACCCGGGAUGACCCCCAAGGUCAGACUACCCUGGAUUUGCUGACUGGUCCAUGUCUGGUUAACUAACAGCUCAUAUAUGAUCACCUGAACAGCAACUAUAUUCUAAUAAUAAAAGCGACUCAACCGUUGGCAACUGUAGUCAGGGAGCGUGUCCUUCUGGUGUCGUUGAGCCGGGGGGGGGGGGGGCAACUUUGAAUGUCGUGUUUACAAACCGCAACCGACAAAUCCUACUCAUUGUGCCUUUAAGGUGUGUUUGCUGCAGAAACACACCUGUUUAAAAGGAUGUUGUGUCAUCUGCAGGUGGCAGUGUGUAACACUUCUGUUUUCAUUGGUUGUUUUUUUUUAAUCAUCUUUUCCUCUGUUCUGUCCGUCAUACUAAUGCCUCCUCUAAAAUUUGAUGUUUCCCUCUUUAAAAAAACCAAAACAAAGUGGAACUGUUGGUCAAUUCCCAGUUGUUGUUUGCGCAGCAUUGUGUUUUUUUCCUACAUCUGGACACAGAUAUUACAACCAUACUAUAAACUAUGCUAUACUACCAGGUCUGAGAAGUGGGCAAUGGUGACACUUUGAAAAAAGGCCCGUUAAAUCGCCACAGAACAUGAUUUGGAUCUUCAUGUUCUGAUGCAGAGAGGAGCAGAGCUGUCAACUGAUCACCACCUGGUGGUGAGUUGGAUCAGAUGGCGGGGAAGGCUGCUGGAAAGACCUGGCAAACCCAAACGUGUAGUGAGGGUGAACUGGGAACGUCUGGCGGAGGCAGCUGUCUGUGAGGUCUUUAACUCCAACCUCCAGAAGAAGUUCUCGUGUAUUCUGAGGGAGGCUUAGGACAUGGAGUCUGAGUGGGCCAUGUUCAAAGCCUCUAUUGUAGAUGCGGCAGGCAGGAGGUGUGGUCAUAAGAUCAUCGGUACCUGUUGAGGUGGCAACCUAAGAACCCGCUGGUGGACACCGGCAGUGAGGGAAGCCGUCAGGCUGAAGAAGGAGGCCUUUCAGACUUAGUUGGCCCAGGGGUCUCCUGAAGCAGCAGACAGGUACCGGGAGGCCAGAAGGGCUGCCACGUCGGCGGUCGCGGAAGCAAAAACUAUGCAGGAGGACUUGCGGUUGGCCUCAAGGAAGUUCGGGCAAACCAUCCGGUGACUCAGGAAGGGGAAGCAGGGCUUGACUCAGGCUUUGUUCAGCCGGGGAGGGGAACUGUUGACCCGGACUGGGGAUGUUGUCGAGCAGUGGAAAGAACACUUGGAGGAGCUCCUGAACCCGACUAACACAUCCUCAGUGGAGGAGGUAGAGUCUGAAGACUCAGGGGAAGCCUCACCCAUAUCCCUGGCAGAGGUCUCUGAAGUAGUUAAACAACUCCUCGGUGGCAAGGCGCCGGGUGUGGAUGAGAUUCGCCCUGAGAUGCUGAAGGGUCUGGACAUGGUUGGGCUGUCUUGGUUGACACGCCUCUUCAGUGUCGCGUAGAGGUCGGGGACAGUACCUGUGGAGUGGCAGACUGGGGUGGUGGUUCCCAUAUUCAAAAAGGGGGACCGGAGGGUGUGCUCCAAUUAUCGGGGCAUCACAUUGCUCAGCCUCUCUGGGAAAGUCUACUCUAGGGGGCUCGAAAGGAGCCUCCGACCGACUGUCGAACCUCGGAUCCAGGAGAAACAAUGCAGAUUCCGUCCUGGCCGUGGAACAACGGAUCAACUCUUUACCCUUGCGGAAGUGCUGAGGGGGGCAUUGGAGUUUGACCAGACAGUCUACAUGUGUUUUGUGGACUUGGAGAAGGCUUACGACCGUGUACCCCGGGGCACUCUGUGGGGGGUACUGCGGGAGUAUGGGGUCCCGGGGCAGUUGCUACAAGCCAUCCAGUCCUUGUAUAACCAAAGUGAGAGCUGCGUCCGCAUUCUUGGCGCAAAGUCAAACACGGUUCUGGUGGGUGUUGGAAUCCACCAAGGUUGUCCCUUGUCUCCGAUUCUGUUUGUGAUAUUCAUGGACAGGAUCUCAAGGCGCAGCCAAGGUGAGGAGUGUGUCCGUUUUGGGAACCUCAUAACUGCAUCUCUGCUCUACGCAGAUGAUGUGGUUUUGUUGGCUUCAUCAGAACGCGACCUCCAGCACCACGCACUGGGGCAGUUUGCAGCUGAGUGUGAAAUGGCCGGGAUGAGAGUCAGCACCUCCAAGUCUGAGGCCAUGGUUCUCUACCGGAAAUGCUGGAUUGCUCCCUCCGGGUUGGGGAUGAGUUAUUGCCUCAAGUGAAGGAGUUCAAAUAUCUCAGGGUCUUGUUCACGAGUGAGGGUAGGAUGGAGCGGGAGAUUGACAGGCGGAUUGGUGCAGCAUCAGCAGUAAUGCGGACGUUUUACUGGACCGCUGUGGUGAAGAAGGAGCUGAGCCGGAAGGCAAAGCUCCCAAUUUACCAGUCGGUCUUCGUUCCAGCCCUCACCUAUGGUCAUGAGCUUUGGGUACUGACUGAAAGGGUGAGAUCGCAGACAAGCGGCUGAAAUGAGUUUCCUCCGUAGGGUGUCUGGGCUCAGCCUUAGAGAUAGGGUGAGGAGCUCUGAUAUCCGGAAGGAGUAGAGCCGCUGCUCCUUCGCAUUGAAAGAAGCCAGUUGAGAUGGUUCGGGCAUCUGAUUAGGAUGCCUCCUGGGCGCCUUCCUUUGGAGGUUUACCGGGCACAGCCAACUGGGAGGAGACCCCGGGGUAGACCCAGGACUCGCUGGAGGGACUACAUGUCCAGUCUUGCCUGGGAACACAUUGGGAGGAGCUGGAGUGCGUUGCUGGGGAGAGGGACAUCUGGAGUGCUCUGCUUAGCUUGCUGCCACCGCGACCCCACCCCGGAAAAGCGGCUGAUGAUGGAUGAAUGAAUGAAUGUUCUUAUAUAGUUUUUUUUCCCCCAGUUUGGCUCUGUAUUCCGGUUUAUGUCCAGUCAGUCGGUCAGUUAUUGCUCGUCCUUGUCUGUAAUUAACGCAGUUCUGUCAGAUCCAGUCGGCUCCCAACCAUCAACUCGGCAGAAUCGUCCGCUCAGUCUGAACCAAAGGUCGGACCGGCACCGCAGCUUGCCAGGCAAUAUUUAAACUUUUACCCUGUGAAACGGCUUUGUACAGUUUUCAAAUGUUGCUUCUUAAUUGGUUUUAUUGUAAUAUUUUUGAUAAAAAAAUAAAUUGUCC